UUUACUUGCUUAUUUUCUUUAAUUAUGAAGACAGUUCAUCAAACUGCCGCAGAAGGCUUCAAACCUGCUGCAGAGUCAUAUGCAAAGACUAGACCUCAUUAUCCAGACUCCCUUUUAGAGCAUUUCUUACAAAUCGUGCCUACAGGAAGUAAUGUGGUAGACUUGGCUGCAGGUACAGGAAUCAUGACCGAGCCUCUUGUAAAAGCCGGCUACAGAGUGACUCCAGUUGAGCCAGUGGAGGCAAUGCGCCAAGAGCUCGAGCGCCAGGUCGGUAUUCCUGCCUUGGAAGGCACCUCAUGGAAAAUACCAGUCGAUGAUGGGUCUCAGGACGCGGUCAUGGUUGCCCAGGCAUUCCACUGGUUCGACGACAUCGAGACCCUGAGAGAGAUCCACAGGGUGCUGAAGCCAGGGGGUGUGUUUGCAUUGACAUGGAACAUGGAGAGCAAAGAGCGGAGUGACUGGGUGGCCGCAAUUCGGAGAAUAUAUGAAGUCUAUGACGAGGCCGCCCCACAGUACCGCAAAGGCCACUGGAAAAAGGUGUUUGAGACAGACGAGGCCAACCAGCUGUUUGAUUUGCCUCUGAAGCAUAUCAGAUUCACAAACGACUUUGAGGUCCCAACCUCUCACGUAUUUGAACGCGUCUUGACCAAGAGCUAUAUCGCCACCCUAUCUGAUCAGCAGAAACAACAAUUGCGUCGGGACAUUGAAGCACAGUUGGUUCCUGAAAAGGGAUUCGUGCCGAACAACGACCGAAUGAUCCUUUAUCCCCAUGAUACAGAUCUCUCAUGGUGUCUCAAGAAACAAUAAUAAACUAUACACGAUGUAUUUAAAUAAAUAGUUUAAUCAAGUUAAAAGUAUUGGGAUAAAGAAAUGGUUAUUUGAUUUGAUCAAGAAUUUAUUUAUUUUAAAAAAAAAAUAGUAACAUAUAUUUUGGGUUAUCGUGUCCAAUUAAUUAAACCACAUUAUAUGUAAUACUUGGUUU